AUGUCUUCCUCCUCCGAAUCAUAUAGCAAUGUCGCCAUUUACCGUGUUGAAGUGAAUCCUCCCUGCUUGUGUCGUGAUCAGCCUAGGUCAAAGUUUAGAGAAGCUUGGAAGCCUAACAACCCAGCUCAUCGCUUCUAUAAUUGCGCAAAAUCAAUGAUAUCCAAAAAUAGUUGCAACUUCUUCCAGUGGCUUGACCCAACAUUACCCAAACACUACAAGGAUACAUUAUGGAACAUGAAACUUAGGAUCGACUACCUCUUGGUAAGGAAUGAUCAAGUUGUUAAGCUGCAGAAGAAGGUUGAGAAGCACAAGCUUCUUAAGAAAGCUGAGAAGGAACUUGUUGAGGCUAGGAUCCAGGAACUACUCAUUGAGACUCAAAUUCUGAAGAAGAUGUUGAAAAAGGUUGUUUUGAUUGCUCUGGAAUGCUCUUUUGGGUGA